UAUGCCAUAAAAAUGGAUACAAGGACCCAUGCUCCACUCCUCCCUCCACCGCCUCACCCCUACACCGCACCAUUCACCCCAGGUGCUCCACCAGCCUUUCAGCCCACUCCCUCCUCCAACCCUCUCCAACUCUCAAUCUCCACUACCCCAUCACCCAGGAAAAGCAAGUACGCACAUCAUGGAGAUCGACCCACCCCUCACGGCCACCACUCCCCAACCCGAUUUCCAGGAAAUCCGACAAAUCCUAGACCUCAAGAUAUACGCUCUCUCCCACGCGCGCAUUCUCUACGGCAGCGAGGCCCGCAAGUUCUACGACAUCCUCGAUGCACCCGUAGCGCCCAAUUCAAUGGACACACCUGGCAAAUUCCUAGCAGUGCUAGUCUGCUCUCUCGAAGGAGCAUCCAAGACGCUGCGGAUCGCGUAUGCGGACGAGGGACCCGUUCACGCCGUAAACAAGCUUGUUCAAGAGCUGAAACGAGAUUCUGGGGUUCUGUACAGUACGUCGUAUCUCUUCCGCUUCUUUUCCAGGUCCUUCUUCUUCUUUUUCUUCUAUGUCGAUGUGGAAGUGUGGAGAUUGCUGACAUUGACUGUUAACGUGUAA